UAGGAAAUUCUUGUGGUCUAUGGUCGUCGGUAGCCAUUUGUUAUCCUAAAAGUCUCUGAAACACAUCAAUUCAAAAUGCUGAAAUCAGCCUCUGGAUCUCUGAUAAACGUCCUGAAAAGGUCCAUAAUCCCGGCAGUGAGGACCAGUGCUGCAAUUCCAGUGAGGUGGUCUCACGAUGGUCCGGUUGAAUCCGAUGAAGAAUUUGAUAACAGAUAUGAAGCCUUCUUCAACAGGAAAGACAUUGACGGCUGGGAAAUCCGCCAGGGCAUGAAUGACUUGUGCGGUAUGGAUCUUGUCCCGGACCCUAAGAUCAUCAGGGCUGCUCUGCAUGCUUGCAGAAGAGUGAAUGACUAUGCUUUGGCUGUCAGGUUCAUUGAAGCUUGCAAAAACAAAUGUGGACCCAAAGUGAAUGAAAUCUACCCCUACAUCAUCCAAGAAAUCAAACCAACAUUGACAGAGCUUGGUAUUGAGACUCCAGAGGAACUGGGCUAUGACAAACCAGAGUUAGCGCUGGAGAGUGUUUAUGAUGUAUAAGGCUACCGGUGGUUAUCAUGUUAAGCUGUAGAAGAAUGUGUAUUAUAGAUUUGUCUUUAACUUUAUUUUAUUGAAUUGUGCGAAACACAUCUGCCUUAGCAAAUGUUUUUUAGGUUCACCAUUUAAUAAUCAACCAGCUUUUAUCUAAUGUAUUAAAACAUUAGAAGGAGAAA